GGCACUUUUGUCAAACCUUUAGCGAGGGCCACUGUUUUGCUGGAGGUGAUGCGCUGCACAACGCCGAAGCAAAAUGACGUCUUGAGGCAUGCUGCUAAGAGCACCGGUGAGGCGAGCACAGCGAUCAGAUGCUCCAAAUGAGGAGGACGCAGAUGGACAGCUUAGUGCAGCCUCUCGUCGCCCAGUACCUUGCCAUGGGCUGUCAAUCAAAAGACAACAACAAAAGUGAAAGUAUUGCUCCGGACGACAAGGGGAAAGACGAUGCGAGAGGGACUCCAGGAUGCGGCCCCAGGUCUAGAGUUUCCACUCCAGGACGUCCUCAAAGGUUCCACAAGCCGAUUCAGGUCCAGGCCCCCAUGGGGAAACCCACGGUGUCAGUGGGCCAUCUCGCCAAGGGGGCCAGCUGGGAGGAGCUCAUCCAGGCUUGUUUGCAGGCAUUUGAUUCAGACGGUAACGUAUGCGAGCGCAGCCACUUGUUGAACAUCACCCUGACCAUGCACCGCCUCCUCAUCUCCUCCAGUGAUCUGCUGGAUAAGAUCACCAAUCUAUUUAAAAGUGCCAUGGACAAUGAGCAGCCAGCCGAGUGGCAGAGAAUAUGCUACCUCAUCAGGCAUUGGAUUCAGGAAUUCUGGAUGAUGUUCAGGUUGCACCACAGCUUGUCAGACAGCUUGGACCAACUCCGAGAGCUGAUCAGGGAGCAGGGACAGGAGCAUCUCUGCUCUCUCCUUGAAACAAAAUGGAUAAACGAGCGAGACUGGUCCUGGAAGGCCAGCCAGAAGAUCAAAGCCAACAGCAGUAAAAAGAGGAAGGUAUCGCUUCUCUUUGACCACCUGGAGCCCAUCGAGCUAGCCGAGCAUCUCACCUUCCUGGAGUUUAAAUCAUUUUGCAGGAUUUCCUUCAUAGACUACCAGAAUUACAUCCGGAACUGCUGCAUGAAGGACAUCCCCGUGAUGGAGCGUUCCAUCGCCCUGUGCAACGGGGUCUCCCAGUGGGUUCAGCUGAUGGUGCUCAGCAGGCCAACGGCUCAGCUUCGAGCGGAGGUUUUCACAAAGUUCAUCCACGUGGCAAAGGGUUUACACCUCAUGCACAACUACAACACGCUAAUGGCAGUGGUGGGAGGGCUUUGUCACAGCUCCAUAUCCAGACUGAAGGACACCACCUCCCAUGUACCCAGUGAGGUCAUCAAGGUGUUAAAUGAAAUGACAGAUCUGCUCUCCUCAUGCAGAAACUUUGAUAACUACAGACAAGCAUACAACAAGUGUACAGGAUUUAAAAUCCCCAUCCUGGGCGUGCACCUUAAAGACCUCAUUUCAGUGAAUGAGGCCAUGCCGGACUAUGUGGAAGACAAUAAAGUGAACGUGCAGAAGCUGCAAGCCCUCUACAGCCAUAUCAAUGAGCUGAUACAGCUACAGCAGAUCGCUCCCAAGCUGGAUGCCAACAAGGACUUGGUCCACCUCCUGACGCUGUCCUUGGACCUUUACUACACAGAGGAUGAAAUCUACGAACUGUCUUAUGCCCGGGAACCCAAGAACUGUAAAGCCCCUCCAGCAACCCCAUCUAGACCUCCAGUGGUUGUCGACUGGGUAUCGGGAGUGGCUCCUAAACCGGAUCCUCGAACCAUUAGCAAACAUGUGCAGAGAAUGGUGGACUCCGUGUUUAAGAACUACGAUCACGAUGAGAACGGCUUCAUUUCUCAAGAGGACUUUGAGAAAAUUGCCGCCAGCUUCCCUUUUUCUUUCUGUGUCAUGGACAAAGACAAAGAAGGACUUGUCAACAGAGAUGAGAUCACAGCUUAUUUCAUGCGAGCCAGUGUCAUCUGCUCCAAACUUGGCCUGGGCUUUGUUCAUAACUUUCAGGAAACCACUUACAUGAAGCCCACCUUUUGCGACAACUGCUCUGGAUUUCUGUGGGGUGUCAUCAAGCAAGGCUACAGAUGCAAAGACUGCGGGAUGAACUGCCACAAGUUGUGUAAGGACCAGGUGGCCUUUGAGUGCAAGAAGAACACCAAAGUGAACAACAACAACACCAUCGACAGUCCCACGCCCGGCUCCACGCCAGUUACCGUGGGAACCUCGGAGGGUUCAGAUGAGUGUCCUUUCCAGUACCCACCUGAUGACAGCAAAGACUGGAGCCCAGACUCUCCAGUCACCUCUCAUUUGAGGCUAAACCAGGUCCACAGCGCCACUCAGACCGAGGGUCCGCCGCUGUCCCCCGAUGCACCUCGCCCUCAUCCCUCUCUGCUGGUCCUGGCGGCGUCCGCUCCCUCGGCGACCUGUCCCAACCCGCUGCCCCAGAGGAAACAGCGCCACUGUGCCAAGUGGGAGAACCGAAUUUCUGUUGUGCACAAGUCCCGAGAGCCAGACGAAGACCACAAAGCCAACACGGAAGCCCUACAGUCAGAGAACGACAGGCUCCAAAAAGCCAACGAGACACUACACAGAAAGUUGAAAGAGGCAGAGCAGGAAGUGGAUAUGUUAAAGACGCUGCUGAAGAGGCACGCGCUCCAUCCUGUGGAGGAGAACGAAUCCUAUUAGACACAUCAAGUACAUACAAUAUCGUCAGACCAGCACUUAAACAAGUAACAUGGAGAAUAAUUCCCAUGGCCAGUCAGGUUGUUUUGAAAACCAACAAGGGUAUUGCUGUAUUUAGUUUUUAGUUGAAAUAUCACCACAGAACUCAAUUGUUAAUUUCUCAGUACAUGCAAGAAAUACCUACAAACAAUUCAACCUUCAAGAAGUAAUUUUACAUAAUAUAUCAAGUUUAAUGAAGCAGUGAAACCUCCAUCGUUGAACACAAGCGGCAAUGUGAGGCUGGCUGACAUCCAAGUUGUUGGACUUUCCCAUAGGGAAUACUGUGAUUAAAGUGUAAUGGAAGUUUGCCCCCGUCAAGUCCUUAAUUAACUGUACAGGUGAUGUUUUAAGUAAUAUUCUAACUGAUUCUAACUGUUAUAGAAGUAGAAGGAGAAGUUAACCAUUGUCAAAUAAAACUAAAAUACUGCAAAGAAAAAAACUACUUUCUCUUUUGCAGACACUAGACAGACAGUAAUAGAGAGUGAACACAAAGUUGCAUGCAGCAUGAAACUGUCACCUAGCGCUGGUUGCCUGAAUAAAAACUUCUGAUAAUAAAUUUUGAAUUAAUAUUACUGCAGAUAUUGUACUGAACAGUAAGACCCUUUUCUAGUGUAGGUCACACUGAGUCCCUUUCUGAUUUUAUGAUUAUACCCCUUAGAAACCGAGGAUGGACUAAUGCAUGUACAAAAAAUAAUCUUGGCAUCGAUCUUUUCUUUUUAAGAAAGUGCACCCGUAACUGAAUUAAGAUGCUCUAUAACCAAUAGUGGAAUUUUGUGACGUGAGCGGCUGUUUUAAAUGCUGCUGGAAAUUGCAUGGACACAUCAAGUGUUGGGUAUUUCUUGCACAUGUAUGUCAAAAUGUUAUUUUGCAAGUAAAAGACAAAUCCAACCUGUGAUGUGACAUUACAAAUGUUUCACUGCUCCUACGGCAGUGACUUUAGCCCGAAAUUCUGAAUGCUCUAUUGUCACUAACCUAGGCUAAUGCAAAAGCAAAGUAUUUUUUAAAUUUUAUUUUAUUUUAUUUUAUUUAUUUAUUUUUUUUU